UCAAGGCUUGCUAUAUGGAAUUUAUAUAUUUUCUAAAAUAUUUUCAUGCCAUGGAUGCUUAAAUACGUGGAUAAAAAACAAAUCCAUGGAUAUAAGUAGGGCCAACAGUGACACACACUUGGCAACACAAUUUUUGCAGAUAGCAGUAGGGCUGUUGGAAGAGAGAUGCUGAAUUUAAAAGACUACCCAUGAGGCUUCAGGAUGACUUAAUUAUUAAGAACAAGCUUCAGUUUUUUGUUUGCCAAUUCUGGGUAUGGCAGCGUUCAAAUGAUGUUUAUUACAAGCCAAGGUAGCUGCACAAAAUGAAUUUGAAAGAUGAGGCGUUAGGAAGUUUCUUGAGUCAUGAGACCAUUUGUAGCAAAGACCUCAUGCAAGUCAUAUGAACAUUCAUGCCUUUUUAGUUUCUGGCAAAGAAAAAGAUUAAAAGUGAGAGGGGGAAAACUAAGCAGUUAGAGGGCAGGAAAACAUGGGAGACAUCCUGUGUGGAAAUAUUUUCAAGCCUAGAUGCAAAUGUUGCUGUGAAGAGACAGAAGUCUCAUCACAACAAGACAAUAUCCAGCCCAAAGGAGAGGAGUGUGUUUUGCAACCCACAGUUAUAAACAAAAUGCCACAGCCAGUGAAGUCACUGCAGCCUCAAUGGUUCCACACACUUCAGAUACAAAAACCAAGAAGAACACAGCAACGCCGUUUCAGUGAUCCUUUCCAAGAGCAGGAUUUCGCUGUAGGAUUCCCGUGGCAAAGAAAAAGUCUCCCAUUUGGAAAUACUUCAUCCUACUUAAAUCUGGAAAAGUUGAGUGAGGGUUCUAAUUCAACUGUGUACAAAGGGAUCAGUAGCUCCAACUAUGAUGUUAUGCUUAUGCAUGGAGAUAUAUUAGUUAUACUGUGUCUCAUUAGAAUAUAUGGACAACUAGUGGCUAUGAAAGUCAUCAGCUUGAAGACUGAAGAAGGAGUCCCUUUUACAACCAUAAGAGAAGCAUCCCUCCUCAAGAGCCUGAAACACUCCAAUAUUGUGCUCCUUCAUGAUAUCAUCCAGACCAAAGAAAAUCUGACCUUAGUCUUUGAAUACAUGCACACUGAUCUAGCACAAUACAUGUCCCAGCAUCCUGGGGGACUUCAUCCUCAUAAUGUCAUGCUCUUUAUGUUUCAAAUGCUGAGAGCUUUGACUUAUAUCCAUGACCAUCACAUCCUUCAUCGGGACCUGAAACCACAAAACUUGCUCCUCAGUUGCCAUGGAGAGCUCAAGUUAGCUGACUUCAGUCUUGCUCGUGCCAAGACUCUUCCGAGGCAAACAUAUUCUGCUGAGGUGGUGACACUUGGAUACCGUCCUCCUGAUGUGCUUCUAGGAGCUACUGAUUAUUCUUCUGAUAUCGAUAUUUGGGGUGCAGGCUGCAUAUUUGUUGAAAUGCUUCAGGGCCAACCACUGUUCCCAGGAGUUUGCAACAUCUUUGAACAAUUGAGGAAGAUCUGGAUGGUACUGGGAGUCCCUACAGAGGAAACAUGGCCAGGAGUUUCCACACUUCAGCAUUAUAAACCAGAGAGGUUCUCCGCCAGUAAGCCUUGGAGGCUCCGAAUGAUCUGUGACAGGCUGGACAGGGCCUCUGAGACUGAAGAUCUGGCAGCAAGAAUGUUAAAACUUUGUCCCCAAGCCAGGAUCUCUGCACAGGAGGCACUUACUCAUUAUUACUUCAGCCCUUUGCCCACUGAGAUGUGGCAGCUUUCUGAUGCACAGUCCAUCUUCACAGUCCCUGGAGUGAAGCUGAAACCAGAAAUGUGUGACCUCUUUGCUCCAUAUGAGAAGAGCCACUAUCAAAUCAGUUCUAGCAAGUUUUGGUGAAGAAGAACAAAGGAAUGGGGAGGAGCAGGAUAAGGAGGGCAACUAAUGCUAUUUAUCUUUACUGCUUGAGAAAAUUGAUGAUACUUAUUAGCCAAAGAAGACUGAACUUUUCUUUAUGAUGUAGCAGUGUUGCAGGCCUUUUGUGUGGAGAUUCUAAAACAAGUGGUGUUUGAACCUAAUGCUCACUAAGAAUUGUAAUAAGGAUAAUUUCCCUUGGCUUUAAAGAAGCAUGCAGGGCAGAGAUGGGUGCUGCAGUCACAGUUGUGGCAGAAGCCAUGCGGAACAAGGCCUUCCAGGCCACAGUUGGGUUUCACAUUAAUUCAGGUCAAGUAAAACCAAGAUACGUAAUUAUUUGAAGAAAAAAUAUUUCCGACACAAAAAUAAUAGAACUUAGUUCUGUAUGCAUUGAACUUCCAGAUUGCUCUUACAAGUUUGCUUUGAUCUGUAAUUAGUCAAUCUCAGAUAUUUUCUGAAUCUCAGAUGUUUCAGUCCCAGAUCAGUGACACAUUUAUACCAGUAUAGAUACUACCAGAAAGAAUCUGGCAGUGAAGAGGCAGGCCUUCCCUUCCCUGAAUGCAAAUUUUUCAGUGAAAGAGCAAACUGUACAGAUGUCCAGAGUUGCCUGCUAUCUUGAAAAAGCCAUGUCAGAAAGAUUGACUUGACAACCAAGAUUUUAACACUGCAAGUCUGAUGACUGGACCUUCAUGAUAAAUUGUCUCUUAAUAGAGAUAUUCCUGGGCCAGAUCACGGCUGGACAAACAGAACAGAUGGGGGCUGAUAAUUUUAAGAAUGCAGCAACUGAUCCAAGGCUUAAAGACAGACUUGUCAUUCCUGGGGUUUGUUUCCGAUCUUUCCCAACAAAAGGACUCCUGGGGAAAGGAGAGGAUUAGUCUAAAGUUGAGCAAAGCCUCCAGGGAAGAUGGCUCCUUGGAUAAAGUCAACAAAAGGAAUUGUUUAAUAUUUGUUAUAGUUUCCUAAAGGGACCUUCUGCCAUCACUAAGGGGAUUAUCAUUAUACUGGUUCCACACCAGCAGAGCAUUAGAAAUGUGCCUGGUGGGCAUAUGAUUUUACUACAUUCAGUUGACUUCUUUGGUCCAUCCAAAAUACAUGAAAAGAAAAAGAAGGUUUGCAUGGGUCCAAUGAAGGAUUUUGGGCUACAGAAACAGUCUGUGUAGGCCAACAGUAUAUCCAUGAGUCAGAAUUACGUGUUUAAUCUCCUUGAUCUCUGCAUUCUUGACAGAAUGACAGACUAUCGAUAAGAAAGGUGCUGUUAAGUGACUUCUGAUGUGUGUCAGUGGGGGCGGGGGUAGUACUGCUUGGAGCUGCUUCAAGUUCUCUCAUAGAUAGUAUAUUCUCAGUAUUUCUCAUCAGAAUUUAUCCCAAGAGAACAAGGAAAAUCAAACUUGCUCUUGCUGCAUCAACCUGUUUUCAUCCAAAGUUCCAAAGGAAACUUGCUGUCUUCCAGUUAAUAAAUGCCAUGAAAUAAAUAAAGAGAUGACAAAUGUAAUCAGCAAAUCUAUACAUAAGUUUGCAGAGUUUUUUCUUAAUUAGUGAUUUGUUGGGGGGGGGGGCUUUUUUAAAAAUAUGGCUCUUCCCACAGCUGAACAGUCAUGUCUGUAACACACUUAAAUCAUGCCAUAUCUAGAUAUAUCAGUAGUACUUGCUGAAGCUGAAUAAAGUGUUACAUCAGGGAUCUGAUAAAGUAGCCAUAAAUGCAGUCAGUCAUAAAGCAGGCAAGGGUCCAUGUAUACCAAGAAUAAGAGCAAAUUUUCACUUUAUUUUAUGACACUAUUAGCAUUAUGUGAUAAAGACUGCAUCUAUACUGCAGAAAUAAUGCAAUUUGACACUGCUUUAACUGCCAUGGUUCCAUCCAGUGGAUUCUCAGGAUUUGUAGUUUGUUGUGGCACCAGAGUUCUCUGACAGAAGGCUAAACAUCUCACAAAACUACUAAUCACAGAAUUCUGUAGCAUUGAGCCAUGGCAGUUAAAGCGGUGCUAAUUUACAUCGUUUCUACAGUGCAGAUGCAAACAAAGUCACUGUAUGUACUGUUGAUCACAACCUGAGAUGUUAGCUUAAAAAAUAAUUGGUUGCCAUUGGAGUCCCAAAGCCCCCAAAUAUAGGUGUGAUACAGACCGUGGAAAAGGGACGGUCCACAGCUGCCCCUUUUCUUGCCUGGUUGGAGGCAGGGCAGCCUCACUGGCAGCCCCUGCAACUCCAUCCCGGUGU